AUGGACACUCUAGUUGGGCCCCUAUUUUACAUGUGCCCUCAAAAUUUGAUAUCAGGCCUCCACAUCUGGCACCCCCUAUCCCGUGGGUCCCACCCACUUUUCCCCUCCCACCGCGUGACCGCGCCUCGUCCGCGACCGAGCGCCGCCGCGCGCUCGACCGCGCCGCACCGGAGCACCUCGUCCACCGGAGCCGGUGCAGGAGGCUCGUCACGCCGGAGCAGGAGCUGCGACCACGACCGCACCACGCUGGAGCGUCUCGUCUGCAAACGCACCGCCAAGAUCCGCCACCGUGACCGCGCCGCCAAGAUCCGCCACCGUGACCGUGCCGCCAAGAUCCGCGAACGCACCGGAACAGGAGCAGUUCCUCUCCCAUGGACGGCGGCGUGUCCCGUGGAAUCCCUGGAGGUGGGGCUGCCUCCCCGUCCGGCGUUGGCUCCCACGCGACGUCGUGCAUUCAUCGCGCCGCAUCCCCGUCCUACCUCGGCUCCUGUCGACACCAACCUGUCUCGUACCCAAGAACGUCCAUCUCCCAGCAGCGGCGGCAGGAUGCCUUCUCCCGGCGGCGGCAGCGGCUUACCUCCUCGGCUCUGCAACGACCCGCCUCGACUCGGCCCUCGCGCAUUGACCUUCAUGGAGCCUCACGCCGGCACCUAGGACGCCAACAGCAGCACAUGGGACGCCGGCAGCACCACAUCAUCACCAGCACAAGCACAUGUCUAUGAGGUUGCCGAUGACGACUUCAGCCAGAUUCAUUGGACGCCUGAGUACUCGACUUUCAGCUGUCUGUACCUUUCAUGGUAGUUUCUUUUGAUGAAGAAAGAAAGGUGGGAGAAGGAUAUGAUGGUUGAGCAGCGUAGGCUUCGGAUGGAUGAGGAGCGACUGCAGUGGGAGCAGGAACAAAAGAUCAUGUUUUGUGAUAUGACCACCAUGGAUGAUGAUCAAAGGGCAUAUGUCAAGGCGAAGAGGGCGAAGAUUGUCAAGGCGAUGAGUGCUAGUGUAGGCGAGACGGCUAGUGGUGAGAGUGCAGUGUAGGUUUUUGUAAACAUACACUUGCCAUGUUCAGGCAGUUCAAUUAUGAGUUAUUAGUUGAAGGAUUUUGUAAACACUUGCCAUUUCCAGUAUAUCUGUACUUGACAGCUGGUUUAUUCACAGCUGGUUUAUAUUAGUUAUGAGUUCAGUUGACUUA